AUGUCAGACUACUUGUCUUUUGAACUUCAAGUGGAAAUCAUUAAAAGACUUCCAGUUAAGCCAUUGCUUCAAUUCAGAUCUGUCUCAAAACGAUGGAAGACUUUGAUCAACAGUUCUAAGUUUAUUGCUACUCACACGGUUGGCCAGACUCAACUGAACCGUCUUCUUGUAUGGUAUGAAGAUUGCUAUGUAGAUCUUGGAAAGACUGGGAAAAAAAUUGUUUCAUUUGUUAAUGAUGAAACUUUAGAGUCAAUUUUUACUCGCCAGGAGAUUGAUCCGACUACUCUUGGGCUUGCUAAACAUUACAAGGAUUUACGAGUGGUUGGCAGCUCUCAAGGAUUGUUGUGCUUGUACGAUUUUGAGCGAGAUCAUUCUUGUUAUAAAUCUGCAACAGCGAUGGUUGUUCUUUGGAAUCCUUCUAUUAGAAAAUCCAUUGGUGUAGUUGUUCCUCGUGUGUCAGGGUGGGGAUUUCGUCAUACUGUUCUUGGUUUUGGGGUUUGUCCUAUCACCAGUGAUCCUAUGAUUGUCAAGAUUACAAAUGUUAGCAUGGAAAUGAGAAAUAGUACUGGCGUCCAUUGGGCAGUUGAAGUUUAUACAUUAAGCACAGGUAGUUGGAGAAUUCCUACAAGCAAACUGCCUGAUAAACCUGUUACAGUUAGAUGGAAUCCGGUUGUUAUAGAUAAGUUCAUUUAUUGGUUUGCUUUUCAUGGGAUUGAGGAAUUUGUUAAAUAUGGGGUAGAUGCAAAUAAGCUGAUUUUGUCAUUUGAUAUGACUACUCAAGAAUUUACUCUGAUAGACUUACCAAACUGUUUUUCACAUCAAGCUUCCAUGGAAUUUUCCAUUUCUAAGUUAAAAGGGUCACUUGUGCUGCUUGAAUACAAUACAAACAAUGAGAAACGAGACUGUGUCAUAUGGGUGAUGACUAAUGGUGUUUCGAACUUGUUUUCAAAGUUGUGUGCCAUUAACGCACCAUAUGCAUCUAUAAAGAUUUUGGGAUUUAUGAAGAAUGGUGGUCCCAUGAUGGAAACACAAGAUGAAUUUGGAGAACCAGCUGCAUUUGUAUUCUAUGAUCUUUGUUCAAAAGACUUUAAUCAUACUGCUAUUUACGCAAAAGAUGGUGGUGGUGAUGAUGGUGAUGGUGAUGGUGAUGGUGGUGAUAAUGAUGAUGAUAAUGAUGAUGAUGAUGAUGGUGAUGGUGGUGGUGAUGAUGAUGAUGAUGAUGAUGAUGGUGAUGAUGAUGAUGAUGAUGAUGAUAAUGGUGGUGGUGGUGAUGAUGAUGACGAUGAUGAUGAUGGUGAUGAUGAUGGUGAUGAUGAUGAUGAUAAUGAUGAUGAUGAUGAUGGUGAUAAUGAUGGUGAUGGUGAUGAUGGUGAUGAUGAUGGUGAUGAUGAUGAUGAUGAUGGUGAUGAUGAUGGCGAUGGCGAUGGUGAUGAUGGUGAUGGUGAUGAUGGUGAUGAUGAUGAUGAUGAUGGUGGUGAUGGUGACGAUGAUGAUGAUGAUGUUGGUGAUGAUGAUGAUGUAGGUAUACGUGUUUGUGAGAUGUAUGUGAACGUAUUCAUAAGCAUUAUAGUGUUAAACCACUAA